AUGUCCUUCCUGGACGAGCAUCUGGACAAUCCGACACUCGAGGGCCUCACGGAGCAGCAGCAGGAGACGCUCAACAAGUGGGAGGACAAGUUCAAGGAGAAAUACCCCGUCGUGGGCAAGGUCAUCAAGUAG